ACAGGUCGGUGCCAAGGACACUUAUUGGUAUAAGAUGAAAAGUUCCCAUCGUAUAGUCCUCAAUCUGCCAACAUGAGACGCUGCGUACUCCUGACUCUGCUUCUAGCAGUGACAACCGUCUCUGGUAGACCCCAGUCCAGGAAUCUACUACAGUUUCGCAAAAUUAUCAAGUGCACAAUACCAAAUAGUAAGCCACUGGAUGAGUACAACGGAUAUGGCUGCUAUUGUGGGAUAGGGGGCUCCGGCACUCCUGUAGAUGAUCUGGAUAGGUGCUGCCAGAUUCACGAUAACUGCUAUAGUGAACACAAAUCAGUGGCAAACUGUAAGCCCAUAUUUGAUAACCCUUACACAGAGUUCUACUCAUACAGCUGUGAAAAUAACGUUGUGACCUGCAAAAGUGAUAACAAUCCAUGUGAGAUGUACAUAUGUGAGUGUGACAGGAAAGCUGCCCUCUGUUUCUCCAAAGCAACUUAUAACGAGGACAACAAGAAUCUGGACCCGGGACUCUGCAAGACAUCGAAGGAAGGCCCUGAAUAGUCAAAUAUUUUAUUUAUUGCAUUCAUUACACAGCAUAUGUUUGGAACCACAUAUUUCUUCAAAAUACAAUGUACUGCAGUGUCAGUAUAUCUCUUCUGCCAUCAAGCAACCAACAUUACACUUACCUCUACCAAUAAAUAGCAAACAUCAAACUCUUAAGCAGAAAGACUUAUUAUGUCAUAAUAAUUAAGUCAUAUUUUAUUAGUUAUAUUAAUAGUACAUAUUCAUACCUCCCAAGUUUCUGAAAUGAGAAAGAAGGGCGUUAUUUGGCAGUAAGCAUGGACACUUCUCCAUCACACCCCUAGUUGCACAGACCAUGAAGAAUUAAUACGCAGAAAAUUAUUGGUUAAAGCAGAGCUUGCAGUUCACAACAACAAAGCCCUAUAGAGUAGUCCUCUACUGAGGACGGUCUAAAAAAAAAAAAAAAAA